AAUUUUUAAACCGCAAAUUCAGAUAUAAACAUAAUAUCACUUGUAUUUGUUGUCUUGUUAGUUGUACAAAAUGAAAACAUUUCUCCUCCUCUUUGGUGUGGUCUCUUUGUUGGGUUAUUCAACAGGCAUUGAAAACUACUUAGGCACCGAAAUCCAGAAAUGCCUCAACUGUAUUUGCCAUGCCAGAACUGGAUGUUACAGCCGGUUUAACUGUGCAAAUUAUUCAAUCGAUUUCGAUUACUGGAAAACAGCCGGAAGUCCAAACGUUGAGGAAGAAGACGAUGAAUUGGAAGACAACGAACGGUUCACCAAAUGUAUGAAAAACGAAAACUGUAUUCUGACCACACUUGACAAAUAUGCCGAAAAUAUUGGACACAUUGAUUGUAACUGUGACCAAAAAUUCGACUGCAGAGACAGACUUGCUAUUCAUUUGCUUGGAGACAAAUGUACUAACCCGAAAUUUAUGAAACGAUACCUGAGAAGGUUUAAUAAUUGCGCCAGAAAAUUGGGUGUUACAACAAUGUUUGAUGAGGAAAAUUACGAUGGUUGUGAACCUGAAGUUUUUUGAUUUAAUUUUAUUCGAUAAUCUUUCGCAUAUCAGUGUGACCUUUAAUAAAGUUUGCAAUAUUUUCUUCAUUUGCAGUUUACGUCUUGAGUGUUUGGUACCAAAAUGAAAACUGUCUUUGCUUUUUGUGUUCUAUUCUUCACAUAUUGCGAUGGAAUCAAAAACUACAUGGGCUCAGACCUGCAAAGCUGUCUCAACUGUCUUUGCCAUGCCCGAACAGGUUGUUUCAGUCGUUUCAACUGCGCUAGUUAUUCCAUUAGUUUCGACUACUGGAAAACAGCCAAUAGUCCAACUGUUGACUCCACAGACGCGCCUGAAGCGGAAGCAAGUUUCAAAAAAUGCAUGAAAAAUGAGAACUGCAUUCUGGCAACGCUUGACCAAUAUGUCGAUUCCAUGGGACACAUGGACUGCAACUGCGACGGACAAUUUGACUGUAAAGACAGAUUCGCAAUUCAUUUGCAUGGAGCUAAUUGUACCAAUCCUAAAUUUCCGGAUAACUAUGUAGCGAGAUUUAACAAUUGUGCCAAAAAUUUGAAAGUGAAAGCUAUGGUUGCGGAGGAAGGAUUUGAAGGCUGCAUUCCUGAGGUUUUUUAAUAAAUAAAUGUAUUACCUAUUGGUUUUACUCAAUAAAAAGGAACGCAUACGCAAA